UAUGGGAUUUUCCGCACCUAGUUACAUCAUUCGAUAAAUGUCAAAAUUAAUGUGUCAAUAAAUUCCUUAAAAUGGUACUCGUGGAAGAGCAAACCAGUGUUUAUUCUGGUCAAAGCGGCUCAAUGAGCGAGAAAAAAGGAAACAAAAAUUCGGAAAAAGAAAGGCGAAAACGAAAGUUAAUGAAGAAAUUGAAAUGUAACAGUUGGAGAAUAAACAGAUUGGCCAUACCUAGAUAUAGGGUGGAAAAAUUUUAUCCCAAGCCAUACGAACCAAUCGACCUGAAACCUCCUGAGCCCCUAGAUUCGGAUCUAGAAGAGCAUCUUGAAGAGUUGUCUCAACCAAGAGGUAGGAUAAUCAGAGAAAAUGAAUGUGCCUUUCAGCAAGCUUUUGUUAACAAGAAUAAGAGAAGGGAAGAACUCCUUGCCUCGGAAAGACUUCAAAAAUCGAAAAAUGUUAUCUCAAACUCGAAUGAUGUAGGAACUACGUGUUCGUGAAUAAGAGAGCAAAAGGUGUGGAAUUCGCCAAAUCUAAAGAGUCCUUCAAUAACCGGCUUGAUGCCCAUAUUCAAAAAAGGUACCUACUUCUC